UUUCAUUCCAUUCAUUCCAAUUUUACAUUUCAGUUAAUAUUCAUAUUAUGUCUUCCCUACAAAAGAUUUGGCUGUAUGAAUUCAAAGUUGAUGAUUGUCGAUUGAUUGCUAUUUGACAGUUGACAGCUUUCAACAAACUUCCCUUCAAUCCCCUUGCUCUUUUCUGUGUUAAGUUAGCCUACAGGCGGCUUUCAAGAUGUUGAUGCCCAAACAAAACCGUGUUGCUAUUUAUGAGUACCUCUUUAAAGAGGGAGUCAUGGUGGCCAAAAAAGACUAUCAUGCACCGAAGCAUACUGAACUAGAGAAGAUUCCUAACCUCCAAGUUAUCAAAGCUAUGCAAUCACUCAAGUCCAGAGGUUAUGUCAAAGAACAGUUUGCCUGGAGGCACUUUUACUGGUACCUAACCAAUGAGGGUAUUGAAUACUUGAGAAUAUUCUUGCACCUUCCUCCUGAAAUUGUGCCUGCAACACUUAAGCGCUCAGUACGUACAGAGACAGUACGCCGUGGCCCUGUUGGUCGUCCUGAUGCCCCAGCCCGCUCUGCUGAGGACAGAUCUGCAUACAGACGUACUCCUGCUGCCCCUGGUGUUGCACCUCAUGAUAAAAAGGCUGAUGUUGGUCCAGGCUCAGCUGAUCUUGAAUUUGUAAGUCCUAUAUUGUUGUGCCGUAUAAUUGUAGACUGGAUUGAAAAGUUACAAGCACCUGAAACAUACAGUAGACUUCAGUAAAAUCUACUCCUGUUAUCCGACAUGCUUAUAAUAUGAAAAUACAAAUUUAUUUUUGUAAUUCUUCAUUAAUGUGUUUGAACUAGUUGUAUUGUAUGUAUAUUAACUAAAUAUGUUGGAUUACCUGGUACUCUUUUCGAAAAAGUUUUAGACUUUUUAAGAGGGUCUGUGACAAUAUUUUAUGAUCUGAAACAAUCCUGAAAUAUGUUUAUCACAUAACUACAGGUCCCAUCGGGUUAAACCAACAAAAUUUGCUUGUUUUGUUGAGAAGAAAGCAUGUCUGAAACCAGUUUUGUUGCUUUGUGUUUUAUUAUAUUUAAAUAUUAAUUGCCUAAAUUAUUCAAAGAAAAUAUUUCUAUUUGCAGAAGGGAGGCUAUGGACGUGGCAGGCCUGCUUCAUAAUUUAAGCAAUAAAAAAACUUAAAAUAA